AUGUCACCAGCUGAAGAUAAGAGCGAGACCGCCGGCGAGGUCGACUUUGGCGAUAACAUCGACAUGCUCACUUUUGAGCAAAUUCUGGAGAUGGACGAGCCAGGCGACAAUGAGUUCAGUUCAUCCAUUGUGUUCGGUUUUUUCGAGCAGGCCGAGGAGACCUUUGACCAGAUUAAGAAUGCAUUGGAAGAGGAGGAUCUCGAGGAAUUAUCUUCUCUUGGCCACUUCCUCAAGGGUUCAUCGGCGACGCUAGGACUCAUCAAGAUCAGGGACGGAUGUGAAGCGAUCCAGCGAUACGGCAAGAAUGAGAAUUUGGACGGUUCUCCGCAAACAGACAACGAGAAAUGCCUAAAGCUCAUUGGCGAAUAUUUCACGACUGUCAAAGAGGACUACGAAACAGUAGAGAAGCUCCUGAGGCAAUACUACGAAUCAAAGGAAUAA